UUGCUCCACCCCCUGGCAGCCCGGGAGGCGGGGAGGCCCUGACGCCCGGACUCCGGGUUCCCGCUUGGCAGCCGUUGCUGCCGCCGCCGGGGUGCAGUUGGGCUGGGGGCCGAGCCGCGCGCCUCAGGUGCACACGCCGCCGCGUCGUCCUCCCGGGAUCGGCCUGGAGCGCCCCCGCCUAGAGUGCCAAGGGCGCCCGGGCUCCGAGCGCUCUCUCCGCCGCUGCUCCCCCGAGGGCUCGGCUUUGGCUCCGAGGCGCUGCGGGGAACAACGAAUCAUUUCACCUUUGAAGUAUCUUGAACUGAAAAACUUCCAACUGUGCUGAAAAGUUAGGAGGCUGGCAAAUAUUUUUCCUUCCCUCUCGUUUGAGAAGAAYUGAAGAAGUAAAAUGGAAGAGGUUUAAUGUCAAUAUCCAGAAUGAAUGAUGAUAAUUCAGAUGAUAAAACAGAAGAUGAAUCGCAUUCCUUAUUUUUCAGMGAUAAAAAUGGAAAUAGGUAUGCAUACAACCCAAAAUCGCCAUCUACCCGAAACUCUUCAAUCAGUCAUGUGAAUUGGAGUUCUCUCAACCCAGAGGACAUGGUGGUCGAUUAUGAAAUGGACCCUUCUCUGGACAGCGAUGAAAGUAUUUUUUCAAACUACCAAUGUGUUGAAGUACUCGAUCACCAAAAGUCAAGUGAUUUCAUUAGUAAGCGGGUACUGGAAACACAUGAAGAUCCCACAUGUCUGUCUUCUGCACUUAUAAAUACAGAGAAGCCCAAAUACCAGCACAGCGAUUGUCAUUCCUUAGAAGCAGAUCAGGACCAGAGUGUUGAGCCAUCUCUGCCUCUCAUGUGGAAAUCUAAUGAUGAUUUGAAUUGUUCAGACUACGCUACUACUGCCUUGGAGUUAAACAAAACCUUUGACACACAAGGGAAUAAAGUUAACUGCACUUUUAUCACACAUCAUGUCAGUGAAAAGAGUCAGUCUUUGCACACCUCUGGAAGACCUCAACCAACCUGUAUGAGAAGUGGAAAUACAUCUUCUGUAUCCUGUUCCACUUGGACAUCAUCCCAUUUUGACAAAAUGCAUAUGAGAGAAAUUAAUUAUAAUAAAGAGAUCUUUGAAAACCCUCAAGCCACAUCGUCAGAGGCCUCAAAUACAACAUUUUCUGACAUGGUAAUGCAAACAGAUGUUGUUCCAGAUAUUGGAAAUCAGUGUCAGUAUUCUUUAGGAAAGGUCACCAGUGAGUACACAGAUGGGUCACAGCAAAGACUAGUUGGAGAAAAAGAGAUACAAGCACUAACACCAGUUUCCGAUGGCAUAGAAGUCCCCAAUGGGUCUAUAUUACAAGAGUUCUAUUGUUUCUCUAAAGAUGAACCAAAUAGUAAGACACAUUCACAAAGCUCAUAUGGUGAAAAGGAAAUGGGCCAAAAUCUAAGAGAAACAGUGUCCGAUUGUGUUAUUGAUGAUGAAUGCCCUUUACUGGUGCCAGCUUUUGAUAAAAAUAAAGCCCAAGUGCUGAACUCGGAGCACAACUUCACUGUGACCGAUGAUCGACAAAUUGCUUCCAAUGAUAAGGAUUUGGGAACCCAAAAUGAUGGUGUAGAACUGAUAUUAAAUAGCUCACCAGGACAAAAGAUGGUUUCAUCAUUGGAACUGACUUGGGAUGCAAGUGAUAUGAUCAUUAGCACAAAUAACAAAGUUUGCAUGUCAACGCCCAUCCUAGAACGCACAAAUGCAAGCUUUACUAUUUCGCCUGUUGAAGCAACAGAGGAAUAUAAUAAAAUGGAGAAGAGUCRUCGAGACCUUAAAAAUUUGCCAAAAUCCAAGGGGACACCUGUGAACAUGUCUAAGCCUAGCCUAGGAAAAUUAGCCACCAAAACGAAUAUCUCUGUAGGUAGCAAGGUUAGAAAAACUGAAAUUAUAAGUUACCCAAGACCAAAUUUCAAGAAUGUCAAAGCAAAAGUUAUGUCUAGACCUGUGUUGCAGUCCAAAGAUCCUGCGGUACCAAAGGUCACACCCAAAUCUCAGUUGAAUAGUGUCUCAUCCCCCUCAACAGUGUCUUCCACAAGGCAGUUGACAGUUUUGAGCAAAACACCAAGAUCUGACUUGAACUCAGACACAAAAGCAGAAAUCCUAAUUAACAAGACACACAAGCAGCAGUUUAAUAAACUCAUUACUGGCCAGGCUGUACAUGUUACAACUCAUGCUAAAAAUGCUUCACACAGGGUUCCAAGAACAACAUCUGCCAUGAAAUCGAAUCAGGAAGAUGUUGACAAAGCAAGUUCUUGUAAUGCAGCCUGUGAGACCCGGACUGUAGCUGUGCUUUUUGAGAAGAUGAAAGGCAUACUCCCUGUCGAAAUGGAAAGUGCUGAAUGUUUGACAUAUGUCUCCAACAUCGAUGGAAUUAGCCCUGAAAAGAAGGGUGAAAAAGAAAAUAGGACACCUCUGGAAAAACGAGAGCUAAAAAAGGAAGUUAUGAAUCAGACUUUUGAAUACGGUUCCCUGUUUUUGGGUUCUGCUUCAAAACCUACCACCACCUCAGGGAGGAACAUAUCCAAACCUGACUCUUGCAGUUUGAGAAAAACACCCACUCCAAAAGUCAAAGUGGGGCCUGCUGUUUCCUGUUUAAGGCGGAACAGUGACAGUCGGAGCCUCAGUUCUGAUCGAACCUUAUCUCCUCAGAGGAUCAGGCGUGUGUCCACCUCUGCUGGUAAUGCUGCUGCCAUCAAGUAUGAGGAGAAACCUCCAAAACCAGCAUUUCAGAAUGGYUCAGGAUCCUUAUAUUUGAAGCCUUUGGUACCCAGAGCUCAUGUGCACUUGCUAAAAACUCCUCCAAAAGGUAUGUCCUCCCUCAGCUUGUACACUUGUUUUUCAUCAGUUGAAAAGGGCAGACAAAAGAAUCCCCGAAGUUCAUGCAUCCAGACACAGACAUCUCCAGAUGUACUGUCCUCGGAAAAAACACUGGAAUUGGCUCGAUAUAAAACAAAAUGUGAAAAUCAGAGUGGAUUUAUCCUGCAGCUCAAACAGCUUCUUUCCUGUGGUAACGUCAAGUUUGAAGCCUUGACGGUUGUGAUCCAGCACCUCCUGUCUGAGCGGGAGGAAGCACUGAAACAACACAAAACCCUAUCUCAAGAACUUGUGAACCUCAGGGGAGAGCUAGUUGCUGCUUCRACAACCUGUGAGAAAUUAGAAAAAGCGAGGAAUGAGUUACAAACGGCCUAUGAAGGAUUUGUCCAGAAGCUUAACCAGCAGCACCAGACGGACCAAGCAGAACUGGAGAAUCGGCUGAAGGAGUUUUACACUGGAGAGUGUGAAAAGCUCCAGAACAUUUACAUUGAAGAAGCAGAGAAGUAUAAAAUCCAGCUGCAAGAGCAGUUUGACAACUUAAAUGCCGCCCAUGAAACCGCUAAGCUGGAAAUUGAAGCUAACCACUCGGAGAAAGUGGAAUUGCUAAAGAAGGCCUAUGAAAACUCCCUUUCAGAAAUCAAGAAGAGCCAUGAAAUGGAAAAGAAAAUGCUUGAGGAUUUACUUUCUGAGAAGCAGGAAUCACUAGAGAAACAAAUCAAUGAUCUGAAGAGUGAAAACGAUGCUUUAAAUGAAAAGCUGAAAUCGGAAGAGCAAAAAAGAAUAUCCAGGGAGAAGGCAAAUUUGAAGAACCCUCAGAUCAUGUAUCUGGAGCAAGAACUAGAAAGCCUGAAAGCUGUGUUGGAGAUCAAGAACGAGAAACUGCAUCAACAGGACAUCAAGUUAAUGAAAAUGGAGAAACUGGUGGACAACAACACAGCCUUGGUUGACAAAUUGAAGCGAUUCCAGCAGGAGAAUGAGGAAUUAAAAGCUCGGAUGGACAAGCACAUGGCAAUUUCAAGGCAACUCUCCACUGAGCAAGCAGUGCUGCAGGAGUCGCUGGAGAAGGAGUCGAAAGUCAACAAGCGCCUCUCCAUGGAGAAUGAGGAGCUGCUGUGGAAGCUGCACAACGGGGACUUGUGUAGCCCCAAGAGAUCCCCCACGUCUUCAGCCAUCCCUUUUCAGUCACCAAGGAAUUCUGGCUCCUUCCCCAGCCCCAGCGUUUCACCCAGAUGACGCUUUCUGAAAGCCAACAGACUCUCUGAAGGCACCUGGGCGCAGGUUUGCAGGACCGACCCCAAUAGUGAUUGUGGGAGCAAAAGCUACAUUAGCUUAUGUGGAAUUACUGCAGAAUAACUGGAAAGCACCUGCCACCAGAGUUGGCUAGUUACGAGACGGGGACUCUGGAGGAACACUUUGGACUGGUUGCAGAAGACUCCUCCAAAAAAGGAUUUCGGGAUCGACGUGGACAUUGUUGCACAGMGCACUUAAGGAACGAGAGAAUCUUGUUCAUUGCCUUUUUCACUUAAGCAUAAGGGGAAAAACUCUCAGGGGCCUAUUAAGAUAAAGAUUUAUAACCUUUAUAAUGUUCUUCACCACAGACACCUUCUUGUGAUUUUUUUUUAUUUCGGUCGGACUGUGGGUAGGGGGUGUGAAUGAAAUGGAUGUAACAGUGUCCUGUGUCUGGGGCAGCCUUCUUUGCUGCACAUUAAAAGUCAAAAGCUUAAUAUAACUGGGUAUGGACUAAGAAAAUCAUAGUGCACCUGUUUCAACAAAAGCCAUAAAAGAAAAAGCAAUAGUUGCUUGAAUUUUAAUGAUCUACCACCGUCUCUGCUCAGCCCUGUAACGAGGUGGGGAGAGGGUGCGACAGGAAAAGCUUUGACUUGUCGAAGUCUGUAUAUUCUCCCUAUCAUUUUUUGGAGUAACACGUUGGCAGUUUUUCAAUGUUCAGCCCUGUCAGUUGAAACUUAGCUUGAUUUACCUGUAGAUUUUUUACAGCCUCACACUAUGCUAUGAUCCAUUUUCUCAGGCUAUGAGCAAAUGUAGAACCCUAAUUUUUCUAAAAAAAAAAAAAUCUGUAUAAAGAAAAAAGGGCAGUAGCAAUGGAUUGUUCUGCCUUAUUUUUACCUUGAUCUAAGUUCUCCUUACAGAUUUAAGCUGUUGUCUGUCUUCUCUCCUAUUAUCCUCAUCUCUCCCUUUGUCCUUUCUCCACCAUCCAGAGUCACAAAAGCAAACCUUCUACCUCCUACCUGCUUUUCUCUGGGACAAGGAUAGAGGAAUAUGCUUUUCCAGAGCCAGCUCUUCAAGGUGCUGAACCUAUUUUCCAAAUAAACCAAGGCCUGGAUCUGAAUUGACACAUUUUGGGAAACCUUUGAGAAAACAGAAUGUCAUUGGCUAGAACCAAGAUAGUGUUGAGCAGUCUGUGAACAUGGCACCUUGACUAAGCCAGUGAUGCAGUGUUUGCUAGAACCAAACUGUCUGGGAAUAAUGCUCUCUUGGGGAUACCCUUUAAGGACUCCUGCUGUCUUUGGGAAGGUAGCAGAAUGGCCAGCCGAUGAGUGGAAAAAUGUGGCUUUUACAACUCUCCAAGUUGUGUUCGA